AAGGGUAAAAUUUUCGGCAGAAAUAGGGGAAAAAAACGGGCUCAGAAAUCAUUAGCGAAGCAGAAGAAAGACAACAACAUGCUUUUGAAAAUGAUGAAGGAACUUCACCAAGCUUUGCUUCCAUCAUAUAUGUACAAAGGCAGCACAAGUGAAGAGCAAGUGAUUGAGAAUAGGAUGCAGGAUGGAGAAAGAGAGGAAGGAUUGUGUGAGUGUGAUGCACGGUUGUGUGAUCAUAACAAUGGACGGAGAGCAGCGAGUGUUUAGGGACGGAGGUAUAGUUAUUGAAGAAGAUAAAAUAAAAGCAAUAGGACAAUCCAAAGAUAUUAUUGAUGAGUUCGGUGAUGUAGCAGAUGAAGUUAUUGAUCUGAGCGGCCAUAUCUUGCUCCCCGGACUCAUCAACACACAUGUACAUACUUCCCAACAACUUGCCAGAGGCAUAGCUGAUGAUGUUGACUUAAUCACAUGGUUGCAUCACCGCAUUUGGCCUUACGAAUCCAACAUGACCGAACACGAUUCAUAUCUCUCUACUUUGCUUUGUGGUAUUGAACUCAUUCACUCCGGUGUAACCUGUUUGGCUGAAGCUGGUGGUCAACAUGUUUCUGGUAUGGCCUCAGCUGUCAACUUGCUUGGUUUGCGUGCUUGUUUGACACAGUCAACUAUGGAUUCUGGUCACGGUUUGCCUUCAUCCUGGGCAGCUCUAUCUACUCAUGAUUGCAUCCAGUCUCAAAAGGACAAUUAUCACAAAUUCCACAAUACAGCACAAGGUCGCAUCAGAAUCUGGUUUGGAAUCAGACAGAUCAUGAACUCUACUCAUAGCUUGCUUCUUCAAACCAGAGAUGCUGCAACACAACUCAAAACCGGAAUACACAUGCACGUUGCAGAGAUACCAUAUGAGAACCAACUUGUCAUGGAUGUUCACAAAAUUAAUCAUGGAACUGUUACAUACUUAGACAAGAUACACUUCCUUCAAAACAAUCUCUUAGCAGCUCACUCAGUUUGGGUGGAUCAUAAUGAGAUAUCUCUUCUUUCAAAGGCAGGGGUCAAAGUAUCUCACUGUCCAGCUGCUGCUAUGCGAAUGCUUGGAUUUGCACCUGUAAGGGAGAUGCUUGAUGCUGGCAUCUGUGUCUCCUUGGGAACUGAUGGGGCCCCAUCAAACAAUCGCAUGAGCAUCGUUGAUGAAAUGUACCUAGCUUCUCUAAUUAACAAAGGACGGGAAGUUUAUGCUAAUGGAACUACAGAUCCAACAGCACUGCCUGCCGAAACUAUUCUUAGAAUGGUUACAGUUAAUGGUGCAAAGUCGGUACUAUGGGAUGACGAACUAGGUUCACUUGAGGUUGGGAAAAAGGCUGACAUUGUUGUUGUCAAUCCUUCGUCGUGGGCUAUGGUUCCUCUUCAUGACUGCAUCUCCAGUAUAGUGUAUUGCAUGAGAUCAGAAAAUAUAGUUUCUGUCAUGUGCAACGGCCUGUGGAUAAUGAAGAACAAAAAGAUUAUCAAUGUGGACGAGGAAGAAGUUAUUUCGAAAGCAAAACUAGCUUCAGUUGAACUUCUAAAGAGGGCAGGCAUAAAAUUACCAAGUAGAAUGAACGUCAUUUGAUUGUUGUUUCGCAAAUAUUGUCUAUGAUAAGGAGUAAAUGUAAUAAUACAAGCAACAAUGUGUGUGUAUAUAUAUAUAUAUAUAAUGAACUUGUAUCCGAGAGAAGUCAGCUAUUGUUUGAAGCUGCUUGAGUCUAUGCCAUUUUGAAAGGUAUA